AAUAAAAUCACAGUGGGCAAAGCAUAGGCGAAAGGGUUUUUUCCUUUUUAACGUUAAAGAGGGCUUCUACUUUCUCCUGAAGCUCACUGUCUCUCUCUCAUUUACAAUUACAAAUACAAAUGCGUGUCUACAAUUUCUCUUGUACAUAGUGAAUCACAAAAAAAAUAUGUUCUUUUGAUCGAGUUAGGUUUUUGUUCUGCGUGUAUGUUGUAGAGAGUUAAAAACAUGGCUGCCACCGUUCAGGCGAUCCGUUAUCCAGUUGCAACCACCGGUGCCGGAAAUAUCGAUGCUCUUAAUAGAGUUCUUGCUGACUUAUGUACCAGAGGCAAUCCUAAGGAUGGGGCUGCAUUGACUUUGAGGCGGCUUGUAGAGGAAGAAGCUCGUGAUCUUAGUGGAGAAGCUUUUGCUCGUUUUAUGGAUCAUCUAUAUGAACGCGUUACCACAUCUCUUGAUAGUAAUGAAGUUUCUGAAAACCUGGGAGCAUUGAGGGCUAUUGACGAGCUAAUAGAUGUCACCAUCAGCGAAAAUGCAUCAAAAGUGGCAAAAUUCUCCAACUACAUGCGCGUUGCUUUUGAAACAAAGCGUGAUCCUGAAAUCUUGGUCCUUGCUAGUAAAGUUCUUGGUCACCUAGCUAGAUCUGGUGGUGCAAUGACUGCAGAUGAAGUGGAACGUCAGGUAAAAGUUGCACUAGAAUGGCUCCGUGGUGAAAGAAUUGAGUAUCGUCGCUUUGCUGCUGUCUUAAUAUUGAAGGAAAUGGCAGAAAAUGCUUCAACCGUCUUCAAUGUUCACGUGCCGGAGUUUGUGGAUGCUAUUUGGGUUGCUUUGAGGGAUCCAACAUUGGCUGUCCGGGAGAAGGCUGUUGAGGCAUUGCGUGCCUGCCUUCGUGUUAUUGAAAAGCGUGAGACACGAUGGCGUGUUCAGUGGUAUUAUCGAAUGUUUGAGGCUACCCAAGAUGGAUUGGGGAGAAAUGCGCCUGUUCAUAGUAUACAUGGAUCUCUUCUCGCAGUCGGGGAGUUGCUAAGGAACACAGGGGAGUUCAUGAUGUCAAGAUACAGGGAGGUUGCUGAAAUUGUUCUAAGAUACCUGGAGCACCGAGAUCGCCUAGUUCGCCUCAGCAUAACUUCAUUACUUCCUCGAAUUGCCCAUUUCCUGCGUGAUCGAUUUGUGACUAACUAUUUAACGAUAUGCAUGAAUCAUAUACUUCAUGUCCUCAAAAUACCUGCAGAACGUGCCAGUGGGUUCAUUGCUCUGGGGGAGAUGGCAGGUGCUCUGGAUGGUGAACUUAUCAACUAUUUGCCGACAAUAACCUCUCACUUGCGUGAUGCGAUCGCUCCCCGUAGAGGCAGACCCUCACUUGAGGCUCUAGCAUGUGUUGGAAAUAUUGCUAAAGCAAUGGGACCAACCAUGGAGCCUCAUGUUCGUGGUCUCUUGGAUCCUAUGUUUUCUGCUGGGCUUUCCGUAACACUGGUGGAUUCGUUGGAUUUACUAACCGAAAGCAUUCCACCUUUGUUGCCGACCAUUCAGAAUCGGCUGCUUGAAUGUAUAUCAGCGAUCCUUUCAAGAUCUCAUCAUGCAAUGUCAAGACAAUCAGCUGCUUUGAGUCGAGGGCAUCUUGCUACAGUUACCCCUCAAGUACCAGAACUGAGUGGUUCUGCGUUAGUUCAACUUUCUUUGCAAACUCUUGCUCGUUUUAAUUUCAAGGGCCAUGAUCUUCUUGAGUUUGCAAGGGAGUCUGUUGUUGUAUAUUUAGAAGAUGAGGAUGGAGCUACACGGAAGGAUGCUGCGCUUUGUUGCUGCAAACUAAUAGCAAAUUCUUUUUUGGCGAUGUCUUCUACCCAGUUUAGUCCUAGUAGAAUCAAUCGCGCUAGUGGAAAGCGACGUCGACUUGUUGAAGAGAUUGUGCAAAAACUUCUCAUUGCCGCUGUUGCUGAUGCUGAUGUUACUGUUCGGCAUUCUAUAUUUUCCUCUCUUUAUGCGGAUGGAGGAUUCGACGAGUUUCUGGCUCAGGCUGAUAGUUUGACAGCUAUAUUUGCCACUUUGAAUGAUGAGGAUUUUGAAGUUCGUGAGUAUGCAAUUUCACUAGCUGGCAGAUUAUCUGAAAAGAAUCCAGCAUAUGUUCUACCAGCCCUUCGUCGCCAUCUUAUUCAGCUGUUGACUUACCUAGAACAAAGCAGUGCAGACAAUAAGUGUAAAGAAGAGAGUGCAAAGUUAUUGGGUUGCUUGAUUCGCAAUUGUGAACGCUUAGUUCUUCCAUACGUUUCUCCUAUACACAAGGCUCUUGUCGCAAAACUCUGUGAGGGCACAGGGGUCAAUGCAAAUAGUGGCAUUAUUAGUGGAGUCCUAGUGACUGUUGGAGAUCUCGCAAGAGUGGGUGGCUUUGCCAUGCGACAGUAUAUUUCAGAACUUAUGCCAUUAAUUGUUGAAGCUCUAUUGGAUGGGGCUGCUGUUACCAAACGUGAAGUGGCUGUUUCAACACUUGGUCAAGUUGUACAGAGUACAGGAUAUGUCAUUACUCCAUACAAUGAGUAUCCUCAGUUGCUUGGUUUGCUCUUGAAACUGCUCAAUGGUGAACUGGCUUGGUCAACAAGAAGAGAGGUUUUGAAGGUUCUCGGCAUCAUGGGUGCUUUAGAUCCCCAUGUGCACAAGCGCAAUCAGCAAAGCUUACCUGGAUCCCAUGGUGAAGUUACACGGGUGACUGGUGAUCCUGGUCAACAUAUAAGAUCAAUGGAUGAAUUGCCUACGGAUCUCUGGCCAUCCUUUGCAACAUCUGAGGAUUAUUAUUCCACUGUUGCUAUCAACUCACUCAUGCGGAUUCUCAGGGAUCCAUCUCUGUCAAGUUACCACCAGAAAGUAGUUGGAUCUCUUAUGUUUAUUUUCAAGUCAAUGGGCCUCGGGUGUGUCCCUUAUUUGCCUAAGGUUUUGCCUGAUCUCUUUCACAUUGUACGCAUAUGUGAGGAUGGUCUAAAGGAAUUUAUAACAUGGAAACUUGGAACCUUGGUAUCUAUUGCACGACAGCACAUCCGUAAAUAUCUGCCAGAGUUGCUCUCUCUGAUAUCAGAAUUGUGGUCAUCGUUCAGCUUGCCUGCUGCGAACAGACCUGUCCACAUUGCUCCUAUUCUGCAUCUCGUUGAGCAACUUUGCUUGGCACUCAACGAUGAAUUCAGAAAGUAUCUUCCUGAUAUACUUCCCUGUUGUAUUCAAGUUCUUACUGAUGCGGAGAGGUUUAAUGACUACACAUAUGUUAUUCCUAUUCUCCACACCCUUGAAGUUUUUGGUGGGACAUUAGAUGAGCAUAUGCAUCUUCUUUUUCCUGCACUUAUUCGGUUGUUUAAAGUGGACGCUUCAGUAGAAGUAAGACGUGGUGCAAUCAAAACUCUUACAAGAUUGAUACCUUGUGUGCAGGUUACUGGACACAUAUCAUCGCUCGUGCAUCACUUGAAGCUUGUCUUGGACGGAAACAAAGAAGAGCUCAGGAAAGAUGCUAUUGAUGCACUUUGUUGCCUAGCUCAUGCUCUUGGAGAGGACUUCACCAUUUUUAUUCCUUCUAUUCAUAAGCUUAUGGUUAAACAUAGGCUGCAGCACAAGGAAUUUGAAGAGAUCCAGGGACGAGUGGAAAAACGCGAGCCACUGAUUUUUGGGAGCACCACAGCUCAGAGAUUAAAUCGGCGGCUGCCGGUUGAGGUCAUCAGUGAUCCUUUAAGUGAUGGAGAGAGUGACCUCUAUGAGGUUGGGACCGACAUGCAGAAGCAGCUCAGAAACCAUCAGGUCAAUGAUGGCAGAUUGCGUACCGCUGGUGAGGCUUCUCAACGGAGUACUAAAGAGGAUUGGGCAGAGUGGAUGAGACAUUUCAGCAUUGAACUUUUGAAAGAAUCACCUAGUCCAGCAUUAAGAACAUGUGCAAGACUGGCUCAACUACAGCCUUUUGUUGGGCGGGAGCUGUUUGCUGCAGGUUUUGUUAGUUGCUGGUCACAACUUAACGAGGCCAGUCAAAGGCAGCUCGUACGGAGUUUAGAAAUGGCGUUUUCUUCUCCAAAUAUCCCACCUGAAAUUCUUGCUACACUUCUGAACUUGGCGGAGUUUAUGGAACAUGAUGAGAGACCCCUUCCUAUAGAUAUCCGUCUGCUGGGUGCUCUAGCGGAGAAGUGUCGAGCAUUUGCAAAGGCCCUACACUACAAGGAAAUGGAAUUUGAAGGCGCACUUUCAAAUAGGAGGGAUGCAAAUCCUGUUGCUGUUGUUGAAGCUCUAAUCCAUAUAAAUAAUCAAUUACAUCAAUAUGAGGCAGCUGUUGGAAUAUUAACAUAUGCUCAGCAGCAUUUGGGGGUUCAGUUGAAAGAGUCAUGGUAUGAGAAGUUGCAACGCUGGGAUGAUGCUCUUAAAGCAUACACUGCCAAGGCGUCACAAGCUUCGAGUCCGCAUCUUUGUUUGGAUGCUACUCUAGGACGUAUGCGAUGCCUUGCUGCUCUAGCGCGGUGGGAGGAGCUUAACAAUCUUUGUAAGGAAUACUGGACGCCAGCUGAGCCAGCAGCUCGACUGGAAAUGGCACCAAUGGCUGCUAAUGCUGCCUGGAACAUGGGUGAGUGGGAUCAGAUGGCAGAAUAUGUUUCUCGGCUUGAUGAUGGUGAUGAAACCAAACUCCGAGUCUUGGGAAAUACUGCUUCCAGCGGUGAUGGAAGUAGUAAUGGCACCUUUUAUAGGGCCGUUCUUCUAGUUCGUCGAGGGAAGUACGACGAAGCACGUGAAUAUGUUGAAAGAGCAAGGAAAUGUUUGGCAACCGAGCUUGCUGCACUGGUUCUUGAGAGCUAUGAACGUGCUUACAGCAACAUGGUUCGCGUUCAACAGCUUUCUGAAUUAGAAGAGGUCAUUGAGUACUGUACUCUUCCUCCUACGGGAAACCCUGUUGCUGAAGGAAGAAGAGCCCUUGUUCGCAAUAUGUGGAAUGAGCGCAUAAAGGGUGCAAAAAGAAAUGUCGAGGUCUGGCAAGCACUUUUAGCUGUGAGGGCACUUGUAUUGCCUCCUACAGAAGAUAUAGAAACAUGGAUCAAGUUUGCAUCACUCUGCCGGAAAAAUGGCAGAAUUAGCCAAGCGAGAUCUACGUUGAUUAAACUCUUACAGUUUGAUCCUGAAACGACUCCUGCAACUGUGCGGUAUCACGGCCCCCCUCAGGUGAUGCUAGCAUACUUAAAGUACCAAUGGUCACUUGGUGAGGAUCAUAAGCGCAAGGAAGCCUUUGCUAGGUUGCAGGACCUUGCUAUGGACCUCUCGAGAACAGCUACUCUGCAACCAGUAAUGCAGAAUGCAUUAGUUGCUUCUUCUGGUGCGCCACUUGUUGCUCGUAUAUACCUCAGACUCGGCACUUGGAAGUGGGCACUUUCUCCUGGUUUGGAUGAUGAUUCUAUACAAGAAAUCCUUAGUGCAUUUAGAAAUGCUACUCACUGUGCAACGAAGUGGGGAAAAGCAUGGCAUACUUGGGCACUUUUCAAUACAGCAGUGAUGUCUCAUUACACUCUAAGAGGUUUUGCAAAUAUUGCUUCACAGUUUGUUGUUGCUGCCGUAACUGGUUAUUUUCACUCUAUAGCUUGCGGAGCACAUGCUAAGGGUGUUGAUGAUAGUUUACAGGAUAUUCUUCGUCUUCUUACUUUGUGGUUCAACCAUGGAGCUACUUCUGAGGUCCAAAUGGCAUUACAGAAAGGAUUCACACAUGUUAACAUCAACACAUGGUUGGUUGUUUUACCUCAGAUUAUCGCACGGAUACAUUCAAAUAACCAUGCUGUCAGAGAACUGAUACAGUCCUUGUUAGUUCGAAUUGGACAGAGUCAUCCACAGGCUCUUAUGUAUCCACUUCUUGUGGCAUGUAAGUCAAUUAGCAAUUUGCGCAGAGCUGCAGCUCAAGAGGUGGUUGAUAAAGUUAGGCAGCAUAGUGGCGUACUCGUUGAUCAGGCCCAACUUGUCUCAAAGGAGCUUAUCAGGGUUGCAAUACUUUGGCAUGAAAUGUGGCAUGAGGCAUUGGAAGAGGCCAGUCGUCUGUAUUUUGGUGAACACAACAUUGAGGGCAUGCUGAAGGUGUUAGAGCCUCUGCAUGAAAUGCUUGAGGAAGGAGCAAUGCGGAAUAAUACUACUAUGAAGGAGAAAGCAUUCAUCCAGGCAUACCGUAUUGAGUUGUUGGAGGCCUAUGAAUGCUGUAUGAAGUAUCGGAGAACAGGAAAAGAUGCUGAAUUAACACAGGCUUGGGAUCUCUAUUACCAUGUAUUCAGGCGGAUAGAUAAGCAGCUUCAAACACUCACUACCCUGGAUUUACAGUCCGUUUCCCCCGAGUUGCUAGAGUGUCGAGAUUUAGAGCUAGCUGUUCCUGGAACUUAUCGAGCAGAUACACCAGUGGUGACAAUUGCAUCAUUUGCACCCCAACUUGUUGUAAUUACAUCCAAACAACGACCUCGUAAAUUGACAAUCCAUGGGAGUGAUGGAAAAGACUAUGCUUUCUUGCUCAAAGGGCAUGAAGAUUUACGCCAAGAUGAACGUGUCAUGCAGUUGUUUGGUCUGGUUAAUACUUUGCUGGAGAACUCGAGAAAGACUGCAGAGAAAGAUUUAUCAAUUCAACGAUAUGAUGUCAUUCCAUUGUCCCCUAAUAGUGGACUGAUAGAAUGGGUUCCAAAUUGUGACACCUUGCACCAACUUAUUCGAGAAUAUAGGGAUGCUCGGAAGAUCACCCUAAAUCAAGAGCAUAAAUUGAUGCUGAGUUUUGCACCGGAUUAUGAUAAUUUGCCACUUAUUGCUAAGGUGGAGGUGUUUGAAUAUGCUCUGCAAAAUACAGAAGGGAAUGACUUAUCAAGGGUUCUUUGGUUAAAGAGUCGCACUUCUGAGGUCUGGCUGGACAGAAGAACAAAUUAUACAAGAAGUUUGGCUGUCAUGAGCAUGGUUGGAUACUUACUUGGUUUGGGCGAUCGACAUCCUAGUAACCUCAUGCUUCACCGAUUUAGUGGGAAGAUUCUGCAUAUUGAUUUUGGAGAUUGUUUUGAAGCUUCAAUGAAUAGGGAGAAGUUUCCAGAGAAGGUUCCGUUUCGCCUCACUAGGAUGCUUGUAAAAGCAAUGGAGGUCAGUGGUAUAGAGGGAAAUUUCCGGUCAACAUGUGAGAAUGUAAUGCAAGUUCUCCGACUGCAUAAAGAUAGUGUUAUGGCUAUGAUGGAGGCCUUUGUUCAUGACCCACUUAUAAAUUGGCGUCUUUUCAAUUUCAAUGAAGUUCCGCAAAUGUCCACACUUGCCAGUGCACAUGUGCCUCCUGUUGUGAAUAGUGAGGAUUCCUCUUCUGAUAGAGAGCUUCUUCAACCACAAAGGGGUGCAAGGGAGAGAGAACUGCUUCAGGCGGUCAAUCAAUUAGGUGAUGCCAAUGAAGUUCUAAACGAACGUGCUGUGGCUGUCAUGGCUCGAAUGAGUAAUAAACUCACUGGACGUGAUUUUGCUGCUACCUCUGCAUCUUCAAGCUCUCUACAGCAUCCACUGGAUCACAGUACGUUGAUUUCUGGAGAGACGCGUGAAGCUGAUCAUGGUUUAUCAGUGAAAUUACAAGUCCAAAAACUUAUUCAGCAAGCAAUGUCUCAUGAAAAUCUUUGCCAAAAUUAUGUUGGGUGGUGUCCAUUUUGGUAGGUUAAGGGUGAUAAUUAUCUGUAUAUUUGUACAGUGUUUGAUCCUUUGUAGAAGUUCUUGGAAGAAGUCCAGCAUGUACAGAACUUAGGUUUUAUGUAAAGUCCUAAGUUUGUGGUAGCCAGUUGUUGUAUUAAGCAAGGUAGCGUAUCGGCAGCAUGUAAUCUAGCUCCAACAAUAAGACUGGUUAGAGUCUGAGAAUGGUGAAUAUUUAUUCUGUACAGCUAUUUACAUAGUGAAAUGAACCCUUGUGAAGAGGAUAAAGUUGGUUGUCUGCAUCUAAAGCCUUCAAGUAUUCUUGA